GCAAAUCGAAACCACCGUGCUUCCUGAUUUCCCUUCCUGAUUUCCUCUGCCUUGGUUAAGUAACAGCAACUAUCGCUCGCUUUAACACCCGCAGACGGUAUUAGUAUUUUUAUAACAGCCAUCAUCAUUUGCACGUGUGUGUAUGUGUAUGUGCGCGUGUUUGUGUGUGUAUGUGUGUGUGUAUGUGUGUGUGUAAACUACACGUGGGGAGCGGUGGUGGAGCGGUUAGCGCUGCGCUGCGCUACGAACCCGGUCAUCCGGGUUCCAUUCCCGCUCACGGCCAACACCCAGUGACGAUUAUCUAAACCGGUACCUGGGCCUCCCCUAGGUCGACUCAGCCUCAAAAUAAGCACCUGGUGCGGUGUGUGUAAACAUCGCCGCUGGGGGAGACAAAGGCGGCCGGGGUUCGUGCCGGCCUUCCGGAGCGCCGAGCUCAUCGCCACGUGCUACACACGAAUGGUCUCUCCCAUGGGACACGGAGCUCGGGACGUGUGUGCUGGACCGCUGUCGACAUGAACUUGGGAGACGCAACGAAAGUGAACGUGGGGGAAGAUCGCGAGCUCGCCCAACGUCUCUGAAGACAAAAAAAAAGAUCUCGUCGAGAAAGAAGCCACCCCAGCCACGUGGAGGUGCAGCAUGGAUCAGGGGCCCAGGAAUGAGCAAUGGACGCGCUGCAGAUUUGGAGUGGAGUUAGCCACCACGGGGGUAUCACUCGGAAUGCUCGUUUUUGACAUCUGCACCGACUUGCUUUUGGCCUGGAAUUACCUGCACCGAGGGGAGGAACUGAAUUUCGGCCUCACAAUCUCCUUGAUCAUCCUUCCCAGCGUCGUCGUCCAGUUCUACAGUUACGCGUGGUUCGUGAGCGACAAGAAGAAUGAGACAACGUGGUGGCUGCAGAUGUGUGAGGAGGUGCCUGCCUUCCGUUGUGUCACCGGGAAUAAGUGGAUUCUCUCCAUUGUGCACGUGUUGCAGAUGGGUUUGUUCAUGAGGGCCCUGUGCCUCAUCUAUCUGGGCGUCAAGGCAUAUCGGAAGCACGCAGCUGACGGAACCUGGGAUCUGCUGACACGCUGGUGCAACCACCAGGCUGACCUGACCAUGCUGCGCCUGUUCGAGACCAUGCUAGAGAGCACUCCCCAGCUCCUCCUGCAGGUCCACAUCGUGCUGCUGACACGUCAGCCCAACUCCAUCCAGUGUAUCACUAUAGUGGCGUCUUCAAUAGCCAUUGCCUGGACCUUGUUGGACUAUCACAUGACCUUGCGGAAUUCUCUCGAGAACAAGGAAAAGCUGAAACUGUUAAGCUUAGCCUUCGUUGUGUUCUUAUCGUCCAAGUACUUUUUGCUUUUAUCCCAAUUGCUCACACUCUGCCUCCUCACCGUGCUGUGGCCCUGGUAUUACGUGAUUCCUGUCUGGGUGCUCAUUUGGGUUUUGAUGACCCUGACGGUUUAUUUUCACGAGACUGAAUUCAUGGACACUGGCUUCCAAGAGUUUGUCUACCGCUGCACCGUCGGCUUCAUUCUCAUUUUUUCUUUCUUCAACGUAAAGAAAGAUGCCACUCGGAGGAACGUGAUUUGCUACUACUUAUUCACGUGUUUAGAGAUUGUUGUGGCUGUAGGUGAGACGACUUGGCGCCACAUUAGCACACUGAUGACCACUGAAAUCUGGAUGCUAGCGAUAGUUAUUUCCAUCGUUGUGGGUUUUGUACUCGGGAUUGGGUUUAUGUGUUUGUACUACGGCUGCCUGCAUCCCACAAGGGGAAAGUACGGAAAGGUCAGCGUGUCAAGGAGCUCCAAAAACAGUUCCGUCAGCUGUGCGGUGGCGUACGACGAGGUCGACACGGGCUGUUGGCCUGGAGCCACUGACACCCCCAAUGGAACUGACUCGGCAUCGCCUCAGCCCCCAACAAACGGACACGGCGGCGGUGAAUUACAACCUAGCGAGACGGGAGCGGAGGGUGGCCAGCCGCAAGGUACAGGCACUGCCCGGUCACGAUCCACUUCCAGACUAGAGCGCUGUAUACGGCUGUAGUGAACUCCAUGGUGAUGAUGAUGAAGACGUAGUUGAUGAUAUAACGAUGCUGGGAACUCAGCUUUGUGUUUCUCAUUAAAAGCAGCUACGCAGUGCAUUCCCUAGCCAUGAAAUUGCUUGCACUAUAGUGUGUAAAAUGUAAUGACGCGGAUGCAGAAACUAGAACAAAUUAUUAUUUCAUCGCCUGUAUACAGUUGCAGCUACUCAGUGUAUUGCCUUGUUCUGAAAGUGCUUACACCAUAGUGUGUAAAAUACAAUAACGUGGACACAGUAACUAGAACAGGUGAUUAUUUCAUUACCAUUACAGUAUACAAUUUUAUAUUGCUAAGGUGUUGUGAAAUUUGCUGCAUAUUCUGGUCUACAGUCAAUGCUCUGUAACUACUCGAAAGUCCUGCCUUUUUCAGAUUUCACUGUUUCAAUGAGGAGCUGUGUGCAAUGAAUGUGACCAGUGACUGAGCAAUGUCUUGGCACUUAACAAUUUAUCCCCUUUGCGAUUAGAGCGAAAGUGACGUUGCUAUCAUCGACGAUAAAUGUUUCUGUUAUAUAGCAGAUGAUUCGAGGUUACAUGGCUGCAAUGCAAUUUUCAAUUGGCAAUGGCUUAUCUUUACUUUCAUCAGACCUGGGGUCGAUUAUAAUUCCAGUUACUGCAGCAUAAUCUGAAAUCACUAUAUUGUGGCUGCGAUUCGUGAAAAGUAACACAAUGCAUUUUUUUAAAUUGACACCAGUUAUGAUCAUGUUGGAUUUAAGACAUUGACACGAGUAACACGUUCAUGCAGGCUCCUGUUGAUACCGAGUAUUAUAUUUAAAAACAACUCAAUACAUGAGUCCGCAACACUACCUUGAAAGGAAAAGGAAGUGUUAUUCACAAAUGUGUUGAGGUUUUAUUGUGGUAUUCGUGCUUGUGCACCACUGCAAACGAAGCAGUGUCAUUAAAUAAUUCGCUACGUUUAAAAACGCUUAAUUGUAAGAAGACAUUUCAAACCUGUGGAGGGAAUUUAGUAUUUUUGUAUUUGCUCAUUUGACGUUCACACUUUUUUCCCGUAAAGUUAAGUGCUUAACCUUGUUCUACUGUUUGUUUAAUAAGAAAAAUAAA